AUGGCCAGUAAGGACAGGAGCGCCAGCCAGGCCUUUGGCCCCGUGUUGGCUGCGGUCGCUACGAUGCAAGGAAAUGUCCCGCGCUCAGAGAAGACGCACGCCCAUGAGUUUCUCGAGAACUUUCAGAAAUCGGUUGAAGCAUGGACUAUCACGCACGAAAUGCUCCAGUCGCCCGAGGUGCCGAUCGAGGCGAAGCUGUUCGCGGCAACCACGCUCAAGGGAAAGAUUACAUUUGAUUUGGACCAGCUGCCGGCCGAGUCGGUGCCGGCGCUGCGAGAUUCGGUCCUGAGCCUGCUCGUGGCGUAUGGGUCGGGCCCGCGACCGAUCCAGACACAGCUGUGCGUCUGUCUGGCGAGCCUCGCCAUCCAAAUGACUCAGUGGAAGGAUGUCCUCGCGACCGUCGGGGCGACCCUAGGCAGCACGGCGGGCGACUGCGUGCUGGAGUUCCUCAAGAUUCUACCGGAGGAGGUGACGGAGGGUCGCAAAAUCAACCUCAGUGAAGAGGAUCUUGCGACAAGGACCAAAGAACUGUUGGAGGAUAACGCCGAUCAGGUCAUGCACCUCCUGGUGCAAUAUGCGCGCUCGUCCGCGACGGCCUCCACGAAUCCACGCCUGCUCGACUGUAUUACGUCCUGGAUGCGCGAAAUCCCCGCCUCCGAGAUCGUCAAGUCGCCGCUGAUGGACAUCAUCUUGAAGGCACUAGAUAACGAGGUCUCAUUUGAGGCCGCGGUGGAUAGCGUGUGUACCCUCUACCGCGACACGCGCGAAGUCGAUGACUCGUUGCCCAUCAUCCAGACAUUGUUCCCCCGGAUCAUGUCCCUGCGGCCUAAGAUCGCUGAGUAUGCCGAGGCGGAAGACCUCGAAGGAUACAAGGGCAUCACCCGUCUCUUUGCCGAGGCCGGUGAAGCCUGGAUUGUUCUGAUCGCUCGCCUCCCGUCCGAGUUCCGGGGCCUCGUCGAAGCCAUCCUCGAAUGUUGCGCGCGCGAUUGGGAGCGCGACGCUGUCUCCCUAACCUUUAUCUUCUGGUACGAAUUGAAGCAGUAUGUCACCUUGGACCGGUAUGCGGAAGCCAGAGCCCAGCUAGCCGACGUGUUCUCCAAGCUCGUCGAUAUCAUGGUGAAGCAUCUUGAAUACCCGCGCCCGGAAGAAGGCGAGACCGAUCUCUUUGGCGGGGACCGCGAGCAGGAAGAGAAGUUCCGUCAAUUCCGGCACGAUAUGGGCGACGUCCUCAAAGAUUGCUGCUCCGUGAUCGGUGUCUCGGAAUGUCUCAGCAAAUCGUACCAACUGAUCCAGCAGUGGGUUUCCAAGUACGCCUCCCAGGCCACAAACCAGCACGUCCCCAACUGGCAGGAGCUAGAGGCUCCCUUGUUCAGUCUCCGAGCAAUGGGCCGUAUGGUUGACCCGGAGGAGAGUUCUGUCCUACCCCUGGUCAUUCCCUUGAUUGUACAAAUCCCCGACCAAGAAAAGGUUCGCUUCCAGGCCAUCAUGGCCUUGGCCCGGUACACCGAAUGGACCGCUCAGCAUCCGGAAACCUUGGAGGCUCAACUCAAUUACGUGAUCUCCGGCUUUCAGCACAGCUCCCAGGAGGUCAUCCAAGCCUCCGCCCUUGCCUUCAAGUUCCUGGGCACCGACUGCCAGAAGCUCUUGGGCGGCCAUAUCGCCCAGCUUCACACCUUUUACGAGUCCGUCAUUGACAAACUUAAGCCCGCCAGCCAAGAGGAAGUCACCGAGGGCGUAGCCGCUGUGGUCGCCGUCCAACCUCUCGACAAGAUCUACCAGACCAUGAAGAUGUUCUGCGACCCCCUCAUGGCACGAAUUAUGACCCUGGCCAACAACGCCAAAGACGAAGAGGGCCAGAGGGCCGUUGCUGAUCACCUCCAACUAAUCACCAUCUUCGUCCAAGUGGUGAAUCCGUACGUCGGGCCCAACCAGGAGAACCCGGCGGUCAAGUACUGCGCGGAGAUCCUGCCCAUCAUGACGACAAUUGUCAUGAACUUCACCUCGUCAACGCCCAUCCUCGAGCGGGUGUGCCGUUGCUGGCGGUACAUGAUCAUCUCAUAUCGCACCGCCAUGGCGCCCUUGUUGCCGACAUUGGCGCAGAGCAUUGCGAGCGGCUUCGAGGCCUCCAAAGAAGGUUGCUUCCUCUGGGCCACUGCGGCCGUGGUCCGCGAGUUCUCCGACGGCGUCGAGUUCGUCGACCAGGCCACCAGUGAAGCCGUCUAUCACUUUUAUGAGCAGCAAGCCGUCGCUUUCUUGCGCAUCCUGAACGACUUACCUCCGCAGAGCCUUCCUGAUGUGAUCGAAGAUUUCUUCCGGCUCUCGUCCGACGCGAUCCGCUUUUAUCCCGAGAAAUGCAUCACCUCGUCCCUUGCUAUCCCUAUCUUCUCCGCCGCUCUGAGCGCCUUGACACUGCAGCAGGUGGAGCCGGUCACGGCGACAUUACAUUACUACCGCGAUCUACUCGGCUUCGCCUUUGACAAACCGGCGGUGUCAGAAUUCACCGGCCCAGACGGCAAGCCGUAUUCCAACCCGCCGGAGAUCCAGGCCGCGGUCAAGCAGCUGGUCUCGUCGCAAGGCCAUCUGCUCGCCCAGCGGGUCCUGACGGGGAUGAUGUUCACGUUUCCCGGCGACUGCUUCCCGGACGCGUCGGGUGUGUUGAUGGCCAUGUUUGAGCUGAUGCCCCCCGAGUCCGGCGCGUGGGUACAGUCCACCCUCCAGAUGCUGCCGGCCGGGACGAUGAAGCCGGGCGAAGCUGAGCGACUGCUCAAGGGCAUUGCAGAGCGCGUGCAGUCCGGCGAUAUCCGACGGAUCCGCACGCUGCUACAAGAUUUCACCAAUUCCUAUCGUCGGCGUAACGUCGCCCCCCGUGACGGACUUGGACGACUGGAGGCCACUCGCUUCCGUUUCAGCGGAUAG